AUGAAAUCCAGAUUGGCAGUCACAGGUGAUCAUACUGCAGGAUACUAUCAUUUGAGUAUAACUGAUGUCAGAAAGAGUGAUGAAGGGAGUUAUGUGUGUCAACUAUCUGGAACAGCUGGUUCUACUACACAACAACUUACUGUCAUAACCAAUCUACCAUCAGGUGUUCUUAUUGGAAAUGUUGGAUUGGAUAAGAAAUUAAUUGGCACAGAAGGAGAAAAUCUAAUUAUUAGAUGUUUUGCAGUAGGUGGAGUCCCAGCACCUGAUGUGAAGUUACUGAUAUCAGAAUCUGUCAUUAAAGUAGCCAAAUCCUCCGUACAGUUUACAUUAUCAUCAGUACACAGAUCUUAUGAUGGGCAGAAUAUUACAUGUUUGGCAGGUUAUGAAGAGAUUCCUAAUUAUCCAUUUAAUGAGUCAGCCAGAAUUUAUCUGAAAUUAAAGCCAUAUCCUCCUAGAUUCAGCUCUGAUUCAGCAACCACAGAGGAAACUAAACCACUGGUAAUAUCAUGUACAUCAACUGGAAGUCGUCCAAAGGCUUCAAUAUACUGGUUUCUUGGAGAUGGUAAAAUUAAUAUUACAACCAAUGCAACACAAUCAUCGCCUUCUCAUGAUUCUACAACUGACACAUAUAGUAUUACAUCUACAUUAAUAUACAGUGUUGAUAGAAUAUAUAAUGGGAAAUACCUGAUUUGUGGAGCUAGUAAUGAGGCCACAAUGGAACAAGGAGGUGCUGUAGAGACUUCUAUAGCACUUAAUAUUACAUAUUUGGGUGUUGGUUAA